AGCACUUCACACCUAUCUGCCACUCAUGCCGUGAUCUUGUGACAGCGAGACGGAGGAGUCGUUCAUACAUAGGCACCCCAUGCUGACACCACAGGACAUCGAUUUCUGCUGUGACAAAGGCAUCAGUCCUGCCCACUGUCCUGCACAACUAUGGCCAAAGAGCAGCCAAGUGUGUUUGACCUCAUCCCUCUUCUGGGGUCCACUGACCUACAUGAGCUGGAACAGGUCAAAACCUUGCUGCAGGAAACUCUCAGUGCAGAUAAAGGGACCAUGUUGCUGAAUAGCCUUGUAGACUAUUUCCUUCAGACAAACUCAUCUCAAGCUGUGGACAUCCUGUCUUCUGUCCGGGAGCCUCAUGAUAAGUAUCUUUUAGAUAAGAUGAAUGAAUGCAUGGGCAAGCAGAGCUGUCGUCUCUCCACCAUCACCCUCCUUGGUCAUGUUGUUCGCAAACAGCCACCAUGGAUCCACAAGAUCGCACGCUUCCCUCUGCUUGUCUCGCUGCUCAAAUGCCUCAAGACUGACUCAGAUGUAGUAGUUCUCAUAACUGGUGUGCUGGUGCUGAUCACUCUAAUGCCCAUGAUUCCUCAAACCAACAAACAACUUCUUUGCGACUACUUUGAUAUCUUUGGACGUCUUGCUGCCUGGAACCAACGUCAUCCAGGCCAUGCUCAGGGAGUGUUUGCAGUCCAUCUACAUGCCAGCGUGUACUCUCUUUUCCAUCGUUUAUAUGGCAUGUAUCCUUGUAAUUUCGUUUCGUACCUGCGUGCCCAUUACAGUAUGAAGGAAAAUGUUGACACGUUCGAGGAAGUGGUGAAGCCCAUGUUGGAACAUGUUCGGAUACAUCCUGAGCUCAUCACUGGAACCAAAGACUACGAGGUUGAUCCAAUUAGAUGGAAGAGAUUUGAGCCACAUGAUAUUGUGAUUGAAUGUGCCAAAAUUUCACUGGAUUCUAAAGAGGCGUCAUCUGAAGAGGGCUACUCCUCUUUGGCGGAUCACAUACAGCGACGCGCUGUACACCAUAGCCAAUCAUGUUCAGAGCUCAGUUUCCAUGAAAUCUCAUCAGUCACACCAAUAGGUGCUAUUUGUCAGUCUCUCUCUAAAUCACAACCUUAUCUCACUGUAACCCAAGACUCAGGUUCCAGCGCACAGACCCUCAACAAUCAAAGUGAUGAGGUCAAAUCCUCAGGGAUGAAGGAGGAGCUGUGGAGCCCUUCCUCCAUAUGUGGGAUGAGCACCCCUCCCAGUUCUAGAGGAAUGUCCCCAACCACAGUUUCUGACAUCUCACUUAGUGCCUCACACCUCUCAGGACGGAUCCCCAGCACCCCAGGGGAUGGAAAGUGGACUCUAUCUCCCACCACACCCUCGGGGUCAUCCCCUCUCCCAUCGCUCUCAGAGGAAAUAGGGCAGGCUGCCCAAAACACCAGCAGUACCCAGGCUAAGACGUGCAAAGAGGUGAAGAAAGUCACAUCCAGAAGUAUUAAUAACAGCAGUGAGAAUGGAGGUGAUGCCAAGACUCCAGUGUCGUUGGCACAGCUCUCUGACAUUGUCAAAAGGACAGAGGGGGAGCGAGAGGAUGAUACAAUCAAUGAGGAGAUUUUGAGUCUAACCCAUGGGAAACUAGACUUUGGAUCUAGGCCUGGUCUGGAAUCCUCAUUUUCUGGCUCCUUAGACACCCUUCUCUCAUCUCAUCCUAAUCAUGAGCAGAAUUUGGUAUCCACACCAGACAGGGUUGAAUGCUCGGCUAAAGCAGGAGAGCAGCAGCUUCCUAGGUCUCUCUGGCCGUUCACCCCCAUUGAAAAUGGGAAGCACAGUAAAUGUUCUCUGUCUGAUCUCACAAAAGAAUCCAUGCCUUAUGAGCCACUGUUUGACCUCGCCCUGCCGAAGGUGGCAUCUCUGUUUUUGGAGAGGAAGACUGCUGAGGCCUUUCGGAGGGUUGAAGGAGAAAGAGAUCACCAAGAUGAGAUGGAAGGAGAGGAUCUUUCUGUCACCUCCCCUCUGGAGGUGUUGGACCGGGUUAUCCAGCAGGGUCACGACACUCAUGGGAAAGUGCUGAAGAGAACUUUCUCUUCUCCAAGCCAAUCAUCAGACCCACACUUGAAAGGUCUUGUGCCUGCAGUGUCGGAUGAGCUAGACAUGUUACGCAGUCAAUUGCUGCUGCUGCAUAACCAGUUGCUUUAUGAGAGACAUAAGAGAGAGCAACAUGCGCUUCGUAACCGUCGUCUGUUUGGCCGCAUCGUCAACACUACUGCACUGGAAGAGCAAAAUAACUCCAUGAAAACGCAGCUCAAACUUCAGGAAGUUGAGAUCCAGGCUGUAAAGGUAAGCCUGAAAGAGGAGCAGCGGCGCUCUGUGCACAUACAGGAAGACAGAGAGGCUGUCGUGAACCAGUUACAGAUUCAAAUUCAGCAGUUACAGAAGGAGCGGAAUGACUACUACUCAAAGAUGCAGGUGCUAAAGAGCGAGUUGCAGGAGAAUCAGACAAAGGCUGGCAAAAUGGAGGCAGAACUGCAGAAAGCCAAUAACAAAGUGUGUAAUAUGGGUCACAUGCUCAGCCAGCUAUCUAUCAAGCUGAACAAUAGUGAAAACAUGGAGCAGCAGAUGGCUUUCCUGAAUAAGCAGCUGCUGCUUUUGGGUGAAGCCAACAAGUUAUACAUGGAAGAAAUUGACCGCUUGGGCCCUGAGGCGCACAAGGAGCUGAAUAUGCUGCAAGCAUCUUCAGUGCGGGAGGGUGAGCGUUUGAGGCAGAGCUCUCUUCAGCAGAGUCAGAGACUUGAGGCUGCACAGCAGCGUAUCACAGACCUGGAGAACCAACUCACCAAGAAAGAGCAAGUCAUCCGGGAGCAAAAGAAACUGCUGGACAAUGUCAAACGACAGGCCACGGAGCAGCUGCAGGCUUCAGAAAACAGGUAUUUGGCUCAGAAGAACAUCACUCAGGCAUUACAAACUGAGCUGCUUGAGCUCUAUAGCAAGAUAGAGCUCAAAAACCUGAAAACUAAUGCACCAGCAGAGUCCAUUUCUGAUCCCAGCAGUCCCACCAACCAGAGGCCAAAUGGCAACAGUGCAGGCCCAUCUGCUCCAUCUCUACCGGCUGACCUGAUGAAAAGAGAGGAAGGGGCGCAUGUGUGUGUCAAUGGUGAAAUAUCUGCAGCGUCUCCUCAAACACCCACAGCACUCAUUAAUGGCAGUCAGGAAGAAGAUCUUUCCGCCCUUAGUCAUUCAUUUCCCUCCCUCCCCUGCCAACCCUUUGCAGUUGGCUCUUACCCCAGCACCAGAAGCUUUUUGGGUAAGAAAGCCAGAGAAAUGUUCCGCAAUAAGAGUGAGAGCCACUAUGAUGGCGACUCGCCCACCCUCACCUGCCUCUCAAAGGAUCUUAAAGUUGAGCCAAUCACAGACCCCACAGAGAGUUUGGAGUCCGAGGAAGCUGCUGACCAGUUUGACCUGCAGCCAAUGGAUAGACCCCGGGCAUAUAAUGUUCAGAGUAGGAGGCAUCAGGAUCUGCGGAUCAUGGACUAUAAUGAGACCCAUCAUGUGCAUUGAUUGUACACUGCUGACAUCAUCGUCUGCAGAUAGAAGAGGAUCAUUUUGGACCCAGUAUUAGUAUGCACUACUCUUUUUGUUAGAGUGGUUUGCAACAUUUUAGUUCAUUUUAAAAGCUCUUGUACUACAAAACGGCCAAAAAAAAAAAA